AUGAACCGAUCGACACGCCUCUCAGCGACUGGUGAGGUUGCCGAUCGUGUGUCGGCCUUCCAACGUGCAUACGAGAACGUACGCGAGAUUGUUCAAUAUUCUAUAUUGCAGACCAUGAGUACAUGGAAAGAAGACUGGGCGUACGAAGGCCAGGCCGUUCUCGGGAAAGACGUUGGGAAGACCUACAGCGUCGCUCCGGAAGGUCUAAAGCUAGCCAUUGACUGGCAGCUUCAGUGGGACUCCCCAGCACUCAUACAAUCAGAUGCCGUUUACCGUGCUUUGGAGUACCAUCGUAGGAUGGAAGCCGGAUGUCACGAAGAUCACUCUAUAGUAUGCACCUACUCCGCAUGGCUUCGCCACAACGAGGGCCUACCUGCGAAACCCCCUUCACGCGGUGAACUUGCAUCAGCAUAUGAGUCCGCGCCUGACUCCCUGAAGACCGCGAUGUGUUACGUCCUUGAACUUGGUCUGACAUACCCCGUCGAGUCUUUGCGGGACGUAGAUGAUCACAAGGCAUGUGUACACGACAUCGUCAGCUGGCAGAAGGCCAGGGUGCACCGCUGGGAGUCGGGGGUCUUCGAUGAUGAUGUGAAUUAA